CACACACACACACACACACACACACACACACAGGCUUGCCAUGUCAGGGAUUGUGCAUGUUAGAGGCCAUUGGAAGGAUUGCAAAUGGUAUGCUUGAUGCUCAACUAUCACUGUGGUGAAGUCUAACAUAAUUCAUGCAUAGUACCUGCCAGGUGCUCAUGCUAUGGCCAUGGUGGAAUCAGACAUGGCAUGAGUGUCACAUACCACACGUGAGCAUAUAUAGUCCUACGGCCACCAUCCGCUACAGUCACUGUCCGCUACAGUCACCAUCCACAUUCAUCAUCCCAGUGGCGUCUCUUCACUCUUCCUCAUCUUGAACAGCUUUAUCAGUGACAGCUGCCUUUUUUCCACACACACUUUUUUUUUUCCUCUGAGUCCCUGGCACCUUUGCCCAGACUCCCAUGUGGUUUUGACAUGUCUUCUUUUCUUUUACCUCUGUGUGGAAUUUGGCCAUUUCUGAAGACGUCAAAUUCAUGUAGAAGGUAUUCAACAGGGCCCUCGCAUCCCCUCUAGCUUGGAGGCUCAGGAUUGUGUCUUGCAUGGGAACAGGUGUGAGGUGAACUUGAUUUAGGUGUACCCUGAGAACGCUAAUACAAAGAGGAAGGUAGGAAAUGCAUGUGUGUGAACCUGAGGAGACCACAGAGCUGCUAGCAGGUCCCAAUCAUGGUAGAGUCCUCUGGUAUGGGUCUGAGACAGAGCCACAAGCAGUACUAAUUUUGUUUUUCAGGAGUGGCUGGGAGGAACUACCACAGACAUUACCUGACGAAUGCAUUGGGUGGCUUGCUAUCAGAUAUCUCAUCUGUGUGGGUGGGCUAACCUGGCCUAAGAUUGUGGAUUGCCUGCAUGUCUUAGUAUUCCCACACAGAAUACAGUAUUCCUUAGAGAGUAAUACUUUGUCUUCCAGUGAGCUUUCCUCAUCCCCAGCUAGUGCCCUCAGGGCAUCAGUAACAGAGGUGGGACAUUUAAAACAGGAAGCUGGAAAGAUUUGCCUGUACUACACACAUGUCCCUGUAGCCGAAGGUGCUUCAUGCAUGCACAAUCCCCACGCCCCGAGUCGCUGCGUCACAUCCCGAGAAUGGCACAGCAUCCGUAAGAGGAGCAAGUUUGGGGGCACUGACAGCAGACGUGGAGACCUGGACCUCAUCCUCUGCUGAUGAGAAGCCCAGCGCCCGCUGCUGUUCUUGCUUAGGAAGGUCUUCCUGUCUGGGCCUCUCACCUGAGACCUAAGCCUCGUUUGCUUCUAGUUAAUCCGUAAUGCAGACAAUGCAAAACAGGCUCACAGGUCUCACAGGAGGACUGCGCCACAUGAACAGAUGAGGCGCUUCCUUCCUUCACCUGAAGAGUGUUUAGUUAGCAUCUUAGACACAGCCAGCAAAGCCGGGCAAAGCAAUAACAUUCCACUCUGGAGAAACUGCUCUUUUCCACAGUGUGAAAUGAGUCCGUGGGCAACUGGUGUCUCACUAAGUAAUAAGACAGGAAAGACAAGAAGAGGGUCAGCACCAGGGUAAGGGAAGGAAGGUCCGGAAGGCCCUGUGGGAGCAUUAAUGAGUGCAGUGCCUACCCUGUGGGAUGAAGGUAGGCAGUGGUCGGAUCUGGGGUGUGCACUCUAGUGAGAGUCUGCAGGAUGUGGUGAUGAGAAAGAGAGCCAGGAUCCCCAGAAGGCUGACCUAACAAAGAAUAGAGCUGUCCCUUCCUUACCCAGAGAGAGUCUGACUCGGGUAACAUACCGACGUCCUGGCACUGGACGUGUUAAUUGAUAUGUUGCUGACUCUCUCUCUCUCUCUCUCUCUCUCUAUAUAUAUAUAUAUAUAUAUAUGCAUGGACAUUAUCAAUAGAGAGUGAGGCUGGAAUUCACAGCAGACAUGGUGAUGUUGGAUGUUCUCAUCACAGAGGUGACAGAUCACACACAGAAAGAGCCCAGCUCCGCGUGGUGGAGUGGAGGAAAGCGGAACUCUGGGGUCUGCAUCCUCAGACCUUGCAGGGUUAUGAGGGUCAGGAGGAAUGAGAGGAACCAGGGAAACAGGUCAGGGAGAGAAAGAAAAUCAGGACCCAGUUACUGACCGAGCUCUGACCAGGACUGCUCAGGGCGGUUCUCGUGCCUCUGUGUGUGGUUGGAGGAGGAGGGAGGCUCACAGCCUGUACAAGCACAAGACUGCUCCAUGCGGAUGAUGGAACGGAGAGCAUCUACUGUCUAUUGUGCUGUGUGAGACGUGAAAGCAUCUCUGUCCCCGACAGUCUUCCCAGCCAGGUGACCAACCUCACUAUAGGCACGGCGCCUGUGGGCUGGGGAUGAUGGGGACCGUAGAGAAUGGACUUUUGUGUAUUGUCCUCCGGACUUCAGGGCUGUUGACAGACUUAAAACAAACAUGAUCAUUUUAUAAUCGUUAAUCAAGGGAGCGACACGUGUAAUUAACAUAGAACAGGCCUAAGGGGCCAAGGAGUUAUCUUUGGGGAGAUGGUGGGGAGGGGUCCUUGGAGCCCUGGUGGGGCUGGGAAUUCUGUUUCUUGCACAGGAAAACUUAGCUAUAAAAGUUCAGAAGACAGUACACACUAGGGGUGGAUUUGGGCCACAGCGAUGGGCACACCACGAUUGUACUGCCUCCUUCCCAUGCAGCCUAGGCAGAGGUGACCCUGGACCUGCCAUGGGACAAGCCAAUGCCUUUCUGGGGCUGCUCAGUAGCCACAAGUCCAGACUCAGUGUGGCUGUUACUGGGGUACCAUAUCCUCUCAAGCCUUUCCAUGAGGUCACGUGGACACUCAGGCCAGGAGAGAACUGAGCCAGAAGGAAACCCAGCAGGAAUCUAGAGACACCCGGCUCCCAGCCAGGCAGUCUGGUGACCGAGAAAAUGCGAUGCUCAGAAGAUGGCCUCUGUGUUCAAACGCUCUUGGCCAUGGCCGCUAGCCUGGGUGGCCCCUCUCCCUCAGCCUGGAUGUUUAAGCACAGAGUAAACCCAGAUUCUAGAAGCUUCUCAAAUGGAGGGGAAAAUUAAAAACUGCUGAAUAAAUUUAGGAUCUCCAAGUCCCUAAAAUAGCUAAUCCAGGCCCAGAAACUGCCUUCCUCUGCUACCUCCUGGACUGGAUACACUAUCCAAACAGAAAAUAUGUCAAACCCAGCUUCCCGUUUAUGCUCAUAAAGAGCACAAACUUCAUUAAACUUCAUUUUUUAUAGAAUUUACCAGCAUCUAGAGCUGGAAGAUAAUUCAUAAUCAAGAAAGAAAAAUGCCUUGUGGGUUGCAUACCACUAGCCCUGGCUUAACGUUUUGUCUGUAGCUGAAGUAGCCUGGCUACUGGCCAAUCAGCGUUUUAUUUAUCAAUCAAUCAUAGUAACACAUUUUCACAGCAUACAGAACACCCCACAGCAUUUUCCUGGUAGAGUUCAGCCAGCAUCUUGGGGAUGACUUAUUGUAUCUGAAAUACAUGAACAGUUAACAGUCAACAAGGCUGGCAACUCAGCGGGCUAAAUCAGAAGGUUUGUUGGCCCAGAAAGAAAUAUUUCCUGUUGAGAUUCACCACCUAGACAGUGCUCAGAUCCCUGUCAUGGACACUGGAAGUCGUUAACAACCACCUUAGCUGAGGGAGGGGUGUGGCCAGUGUCCCUGGAGCUAGCAGAAUAUUAAAGAUUAUUCUAGAAAACCAUCUGCCUUUGUGAACAAAAAUCCUUUCAUGGUUCCCCAGCCCACAGCACUGGGAGAUCCCAGGAAGAGAAGUCCCACCUCCAGAGGAGGCUGCAGCCUUCCUCAUGACAGGUUGGUCUCGGAGGCCCCAGGCAGUGACACUGAAGCCCCCAGGGCACAAAUAAGGCAGCUCCUCUGGCACUCACCGCUCACCCGCUGGGGUCCUGGCUGCCAGUCUUCUCUGAGGUAGGGAAGGCCCUCCCUUUGUGAGGACAGCAGGCUGUGCGUUGCUAAGCAACAAGCACUUCUGUCCUCUUGCCCAUAUCCACCUAGCUGCACAGGUGACCAACACCCACUCUUGGCAUCUGUACCCAACAAGAGGCCAUUCCUGUAUUUCAGGCCGAGUGUGGGGACUUACCAGCAGAAGUGACUCCUGGAGUCCAGAACCUUCUGGAGAGGGCAGAGGCUAGUCAUGUCUUCCAAGUGUUUGUCAUGGGACUAACAAAGGAUGCUGGAGGCCUGUAGCUACAGUCUCUCCCUGCUUGAGAAAGGCUGUAGCAACACUGGAAUGCACGCGGCUCUGUUGAUCCUGUCCGCCCUAACCCAGUGCUCAGUACGCUUCGGUGACCAGCUGCCUGUGACAGCAGGCCUCCCAUUGGUGAAGACGGUUGCUUGGAGACGCAUGGUCCCUAUUCCAUUGAGGGCAACUCCCAGUUUCUGAGUUGGGAGAGAAGUGCUGAUCACAGGGAGAGCUACCAUGAAUGCUCACAAGAGUUCGGGUGGUGUGACUGCGAACAUUUUUAACCUGUCACUGGAGGGACAUAAUAUUCAGAAAAGACAGGCUUUGGGGAAGGAAGAUGAAGCCCUCGGGGCCGCCUUGAAACCGCUGGUGUUCCGAGUGGACGAAACCACACCCAGAGUUGUACAGAGUGUCCUUCUGGAACGUGGGUGGGACCAAUUCGACGAGCAGCAGCAGGAUGUGGAGGACUGGAAUCUGUACUGGAGGGCAUCCUCCUUCCGGAUGGUAGAGCACGUCAAUGUCAAGCCCUGGCAGAGGCUGAACCACCACCCGGGGACAACCACGCUCACCAGGAAGGACUGCCUGGCCAAGCACCUGGCCUACAUGAGAAGGCUCUAUGGUGAGUCCCUCUACGAGUUCACACCCCGGACGUUCAUCAUUCCCAAUGACUACACCAAGUUCGUAGCUGAGUACUUCAAGGAGAAGCAGGUGCUGGGUACCAAGCCUUCCUACUGGAUCUGCAAGCCAGCAGAGCUGUCUCGUGGGAGGGGGAUAGUCAUUUUCAGUGACAUCCGAGACCUCAACUUCAACGGCACGUAUGUCGUGCAGAAAUACAUCUGCAACCCUUUGCUCGUGGGUAGAUACAAGUGUGACCUCCGCAUCUACGUCUGCGUCACCGGCUUCAAGCCGUUGACUAUUUAUGUGUACAAGGAAGGGUUAGUGCGGUUUGCCACUGAAAAGUUUGACCUCCAAAAUUUGCAAGACUCUUAUGCCCACCUGACCAACAGUAGCAUCAACAAAUCUGGGGCCUCGUACAAGAAGAUCAAAGAGGUGGUGGGUCAAGGCUGCAAGUGGACCCUCAGCCGGUUCUUCUCUUACCUUCGGAAUGGGGACGUGGAUGACCUGCUGCUGUGGCAGAAGAUCAAGCACAUGGUGAUUCUCACCGUCCUGGCCGUGGCUCCAUCGGUCCCUGUGGCCUACAACUGCUUUGAGCUUUUUGGGUUCGACAUCCUUAUUGAUGAAAACCUGAAACCAUGGCUUCUAGAAGUCAACUACAGCCCUGCUUUGUCCCUGGACUGUUCCACAGAUGUCUCUGUGAAGAGAAGUCUUGUCCAUGAUGUCAUUGAACUGAUCCACUUAAACGGCCUAAGAAGAGAGGACAAAAAGUGCAGCAGGGCUUCUCCAGGGAGCCCCAGGAACAAACUUGAGCUCUGCACAAUCCCUGCUUCCCCUCCCUAUGUGUCUCUCAUACGGUUUACAAACAGGACGUGCAGUAAAACCAACCCUGUUGUGCAGAGAGUCGUCAACGUCUAUCCCAAGCACACACGGACCUCCCAGCUGAGAGAAAUGAUCAACAAGCAGCGCGUGUUUCUAACAAGAGAAGGCGCUAAAAGCAAGCCAAAGCUGAGGGCUUGCCAUACAACUCGCAAGGUGCUCUCUCCAUAUACACCAGUAGCUCAGUCACAGCCCCACAGGGUGAAGGGGCCUGUGGGCAUCCUUCCAGAAGCUGGCUAUGCACCAGAUGACCAUGUAGGCAACUUUGUUCUCAUUUUUCCAUUCAAUGAGGCUACUUUUGGAGCCUCCAGGAAUGGAUUAAAUGUCAAAAGAAUAAUUCAAGAGCUCCAGAAACUAAUGAAUAAAUAACUCUCAAGUGGUAAAAACUAAAAUCAAGAAGUGAGGUGAAACUUUUGAAAACUGAGGAUUUCUUUUCUUUUCUUUCUUUCUUUGCUUCUUUCUUUUAUUCCUCCCUUCUUCCCUCCCUCC